AUGGAACGAGGCGAACUCCAUUACGAUGACUCCAACAAGGAAUACACCGAAUUGCUCGAGCGCAAGCAGGCACCCACGUUUUCUCGCGCCAAACCGGAGUAUCCCGGCCACGUUUCAUUAUACAAUUGGGAGAAAUUCAUGAUGUUUCUUGGCUCGUCGAUGGGCUCGUUUUUCCACCCGGAGGAAAACAAGUAUAUCGUGGCGUUGGGCGAGAGCACCGCUAUUGAACCGGUGUUGAAGAGCUUGCAAGCUACCAUGUUGAGUGACGCCACGGGCAGGCAGAUUUUGCGCGAGAGGCCCCGUAUCACUUCGACAAGCUUGAAUUUGGACCAUUUGCGCUCGUUGCCUGAGAACACCAUCGGCAAGAGCUAUAUAACGUGGUUGGACCGCGAAGGAGUCAACCCCGACACGAGAGUCGCGGUGAAAUACAUCGAUAAUGAAGAACUCGCUUACAUAUUUCAGCGGUACCGCGAAUGCCAUGAUUUCUACCAUGCCAUCACGGGAUUGCCCAUCAUCAUUGAAGGCGAGAUUAGCGUCAAAGUGUUGGAGUUUAUGAAUAUUGGCAUUCCCAUGAGCGGGCUUGGCGCUGCGUUUGCGCCGUUGAGAUUGAAACCGAGCCAGCGGAAGCGCUUACGAGAGAUAUACUAUCCGUGGGCCAUCCGCAAUGGCUUGUACAGUAAGCCUUUGAUUAAUGUGUACUGGGAACGCAUCUUGGAGAUGGAUGUUGGCGAGUUUCGCAAGCAGAUGGGGAUUGAACGGCCUCCCGAUUUGAGGGAUAUGCGGAAGGAGUAUUUUGCCAAGAGGAGGAGAGAGCGGGAAAUCCAGGAAGCUGCAAAGACAACCAAGACCGCUCACAGCUAG